AAGGAAAGAUUUUGUGUAUUGUCCUGAAAUUGACUCUCCAAAAUUACCAACAAAAAAAAAAGCUUAAUUUAUUUGUCUAUGGAGAUUGUCUAAAAGCCAAAGUCAUAACUGCAACACUUUCCUCCACAACAAUUAUAAAUAAAUUAAUGAAGACCAUUCGCCGCGCGUUACACACAUAUAUAUAUAUGUAUACGCAUGUGUGUGUGCAUAUGUAUAUGUAUAUGUAUAUAUACCUCUCUGCAUGUUUUCCAACCCUCUAAGCUUCCCCGUACCCAGAAUUUGAAGGACCCCAUCACAGAGAAAAGAAAAUAAAAAGGAAAAGGAGAAGAGAAGGAAAACAAACGGCGUCGUUUGUCAUCAGUUUCUCCUUCUUAUUGAGAGAAUCGGCAUUGUUAUACAACAUUCUUCAAGGGGGAGCUAGGUUUGUGAUGAAGAUAAUAGAGGAGGUAGGUUGGAGAGGAAAAUGGAGCUUGCUGAUGAUGGUGUGUUUAACAAUGGCGAAUCUGGUUUGGUCCGAAGCUGUACCUGUCUGGUCUGAGAAGACCCCAGUUAGGAAAUUUUUAGCACUUGAUCCAGGGAUUCAAUUGAAUAGCAAGGAGCAUGAUAAGAUAAUAAUCGAUAAUGGCAUACUUCAAAUUACUUUUUCGAAACCAGACGGUCUGAUUAUAGGAAUAAAAUACAAUGGUAUAGAGAACGUUCUUGAUGAUGCUAAUACGAUUGAUGAUAGAGGUUACUGGGACAUCGUUUGGUACGAGCCAAAUACCCCAUUAAAAAUAGACAAAAUAGAAGGUACCCAAUUUAGGGUUGUGACCCAAAACGAAGACCAAAUAGAGAUUUCUUUCUCAAGAACAUGGAAUCAGUCCAAUCUUGGAAGUCAAGUUCCCUUGAACGUAGACAAAAGGUACAAAUUAUUUCUCAAGAUGUUUACUAGCACUCAUUAUACUGGGAAAGAGGUGGAUACAGAAUAUAGAAAUGGAGAGACAUGGAAGAAAGUUUUUGGUCCUGUUUUUGUUUAUUUAAACUCUCAGUCUCGUCAGUCUCCAGAACAGAGCAACAAAAAUCUUUGGGAAGAUGCCAAAAGACAGAUGGUUAGGGAAGUACAAAGCUGGCCUUACGAUUUCGUAGAAUCAGAAGAUUUCCCUCGUGCAGAGGAGCGAGGAACAGUAGCAGGUCAAUUACAAGUCCUCGACAGGUAUAUAAACGCGAAAAUUAUCUUGCCAAGAUUUGCCUCUGUGGGUUUGGCUGCUCCUGGAGAAACUGGAUCGUGGCAAACAGAAGCCAAGGGUUAUCAGUUCUGGACUCAGACAGACAAUAGAGGGUAUUUCACAAUCAAUAAUAUCAGACCUGGGACUUAUAAUCUAUAUGCAUGGGUUCCUGGCUUUAUUGGAGAUUAUAAGUAUAACGUUGACAUUCAGAUCGAUCCAGGGCGUACCAUCAAAUUAGGUAGCUUGGUAUAUCAGCCUCCAAGAAAUGGUCCUACAAUGUGGGAAAUCGGUAUCCCAGAUCGAACUGCUGGAGAAUUUUACAUUCCAGAUCCUUACCCAACGUUGAUGAAUGGAUUACCUGCAACCAACUAUAACAACAAAUUCAGACAAUACGGAUUAUGGAAUCGUUAUACAGAUUUAUACCCUAAUGAGGAUCUAACCUACACAAUUGGAGAGUGUGAUUACAGUGAGGAUUGGUUUUUCGCUCAAGUCAAUAGGUAUAAUAUAUGGAACACAUAUUGUUUCUUUGCAAAUAUAUGUAUAUAUAUAUGUAUGUAUAUAAUGAUUAAAGUGUAUAAUCAUCUGAAGGUUCGGAUCAACAAGCCAGUCAGAGAAGCUCCAGAAUUUUCAACGGGAUUGAUCGGGAGAGAUAAUGCAAUUGCAAGACAUGGAAUUCAUGGGUUGUAUAAAUUAUACAGAAUUGACGUGAAAAGCAAUUUACUUGUUAGAGGGAAGAACAUAAUAUAUCUACGACAAUCAAGAAGUGCCGGCCAAUUCCAAGGUCUCAUGUAUGAUUAUAUUCGAUUAGAAGAGCCUCCAAGAACUUGAUUCAAUCAAAUGCACAAUCUGAUUUUUUUUUUAAUUAAUUUUUUUUAGAGAUAAUAAGAUUUAUUUGGACUUGUGAUUAUUAAAUAAAUUCCUGUAACUAUUUGUAUAUUUAUGUAUGUUUAUUAUAGUAAUCAUUUAAUUA